ACUUAAUAUACUUACAUACUUAAAAUGAAUUUUUAUUAAUUAAAAUUUCUAAGUUUUGUUUAUAAAUUAUCUAAGUAAAUUAUUGAAUUAGAAACCGAAUAAUUAAAGCAUAUUUGGUCUAUUAUAAAAUAGACUUACGUACACUGACUACUGUUUCACACGACGACGUUCAGGUAGAAGAAUCAGGGCAAAAUGUGUCCCAUUUGGCCCCUUCACCUCAUCAUUAUAUACCUACUAGCACUGUGUCCACUAUGGGUAAUAUGUCAGGCCAUGCCCAACCUUAUAGCUACAUUUACGCCGAAUAACAUCACAGUUCACAUGGACGAUAGUGAAUACGUAAACCUCACAAUUACAGGAUCUGAUAUGCAAGUGGACGACAAAUUCAAAUUAGAAACAGACAGAGAUCACGUGGCAUCAGCAGAAUGGAACUCAACGUUUAGUAUAGCGGACGAAAACUAUAGCAGUAAUUGGCAAGGAAAAGUGAGAGUCAAUGGCAAAUUCAUAGGUAGAACAAAUGUGACCGUACACGCAAUCCGUAACGGCGCAUCGAAUCCAGUGCAAGGUAAUCUACAAGUGACAGUGAUACGUCCGGUGCGGGUCAUAGAUACAAUAUUCACGAGCAGUGUUGCCACACUUGUGUCCAUAAUCUUCAUUAACUUUGGGUGCGCAAUGCACUGGCCGACAGUGAAGGAGGUGUUGAAAAAGCCCAUUGGGCCCGGUAUAGGCAUGAUCGGACAGUUCCUGUUUAUGCCACUUAUGUCAUUCGGUUUAGGUUUCCUAAUAUUCCCGGACAAACCCGAAAUGCGGCUGGGCAUGUUCUUCACGGGUGUGUCUCCGGGCGGAGGUGCUUCUAACAUUUGGACCUUCAUCCUCGGUGGAAACUUGAACCUUUCAUUAGCCAUGACAUCACUGUCUACAUUCGCUGCCUUUGGUUUAAUGCCUAUGUGGUUGUUCUCUCUCGGCCAAGUGGUGUUCCGUAACGCGAACAUCGUGGUUCCGUACCAGCGUAUCGGAACGUUCGUGGUCGGACUUAUAGUGCCGCUGGCCAUCGGCCUCUGCAUGCAGCGCUGGACCCCGAGACUGGCCGCCUUCAUGGUCAGGAUCCUGAAGGGAUUCUCCACAACGUUACUUCUAUUCAUCAUUGUAUUCGCCAUUGCCACGAACUUGUAUAUCUUCGAGCUGUUCACAUGGCAAAUAAUAGUAGCGGGCAUUGGUAUCCCGUGGCUCGGAUACGCGUUCGGGUAUGCACUAGCGCGUGUGUUGAAACAGCCGCAUGCCGACGCGCUCGCCAUCUCCAUAGAGACCGGCGUGCAAAACACGGGCAUUGCCAUCUUCUUGCUAAGAUAUGCGCUCGAGCAGCCAGAGGCUGAUCUCACCACAGUGGUGCCGGUUGCGGUGGCUAUCAUGACGCCGAUUCCCAUGACAGCUAUAUACAUUUAUCAGAAGAUCAAAGGCUGUAUCGCCCGCAGAAAUGAACCCAAAAAAAUUAUCGAAGACAUCAGCCCAGUAUCAGACAGAAUCCAGUCCGACGUCAUCGCAACCAUUAAUGUCCAAAAUUGAAGUGUGAACCAACAUCUUGCGACAGAAAAUAAAUAAAGGGAUAUUAUAACAAUAAUAUUCCUUUAUUAAUAAGAAUAAUUAAAAGAAAUAAUCUUACGUUACAUUCAAUCAAAUCUAAAUUUAAAAAGCAGAGCAAGUGGGUUCCAUACAAAAUCGCGCAACGUUAAAAAAUGGAUUUUUGGUGAUUAAAAUCAUCAAUUUAAAUUUUUUUUUUUCAACUAUUUAUUUGUGCUUUUUGCUCUUGCCAAAUUUUAUGAUUUUAGAUUAAUGGGAAGUACCUUAUAGGUUUUGAUUCCCUUUGCGAAUGUCAAAAUAUGCGAUAUAAGUAAAUGGAACAUAAAUGGCCGUCUCUUUUGACUGGGUCGAUUUAUAAGCUUAAUUUUUUCACUGCUUUAAUAGAUUGCAGACCCGAGUAUAUGAUAUUAAUUUCAAUUUGAUACCUCCACGCGUUCCUAAGAAAAAGGGUCAUGACUGAUUGACAACGAAGUGAUCCUUUAAGGGUUCCGUUUUUUCCUUUAACCUUCAAAUCUGGAAUGGAACCCUAAAAAGAUGAAAAAAAUUAGCGAUAUAUAUAAAAUACAACAUACAUUGCUAUAUUGUGUAUACCUAUUAGAAAGAUUAAAUUUUGUUCCAAGAUUCCUAUAUUACAUAGAUAUUAAUGAAUAAACGAAUUUUCGAAGAACAAUAACAGAUGACAGGUUUCGUUCGAACAAAACCUUGAGGCUUCCUUCUUAUUUUAGAAAAUGGCGAAUUUAAAAAUACCUAUCAUAUAAAUUUUCAAGUAUUUCAGUGUAUGUCUAUGCCAGUCAUAUAAUAUAGUUAUAUAGGAACUCAGUUGUAUAUGUUCAUUAAAUAAAAAAUUAAAUAUAUCUUCAAUAAAUAUCUAUAAUCCUAUAGCACAAAUUAUGAAAAUUUGUAUUUUCUUAUUGUGAAACGAUUUUAAUAAAUGAAUGUAAUGUAAUAUUAUUUCUACAAUGUAGUAUGGCAGGAAUUUAAUUAAUGUAAACUGAGACUCGUUCCUUAUGGCAGUCUAUGUUCAGAAAUGUCUGAAAUGAUUAAGAAUAAUGAAUCUUAACAUUAGACCUCCGCUAUUUUAUCAAUUUUCUAUACUUACAUAAUGAAUAUUACGCUCAAUAAAAGAUAUUAAUGUAAUCAAUUGUGACACUAAGUAUUUUUUAUAUAAAUAUACAUACAAUAGCCACUUGGCCAGUCCAAUAUGUAGAUACUCAGACUAUGUAAGCAAAAGUAUCGCUAUCAUUUAUAUAACUUGUACGGCUAAGUGUAAUAUAUCCUUAUGAAGAAAGGUGUUCAAAUUUUCAGACGAUUUUUUUUUUUGAUAAAAUUAUGCAAUUAUAAAUUUAUAAUAAAAUUUUAAAUUAUUAUUUUAGGCAAAGGGCCUUCAUAUGUUUUGGCACCGCCUAUAAUCAAGGGUCGUAAUUUUCGUGGUUUUCACCUAUAAAAUUUAUUGUCACAUAAUAUUUACACUAUCACACUAUUUAUUUAAAUACUAAAUAAAAUUAUUAUGCAGCAAUAUUUUAAGCAAGAACUACAGCAAAUUAUGUAUGACACAAAAUUAAGUCAGGCUUGAAUAAUAUUUUUAAAACGAUAACUAUUGACAUUUUGUCGAAAAUAAAGGUAUUUUGUAUUUUAAAAGAUACACGCUUCAUUUUUGUUUUGAAAUAUUUUCUCAAAUAUUAUUUGGGGUAGAUCCCCAACCUGUUACGUUGAUGUUAUGUUUGCUGUUAUUUCUAUAAUUAUCCAGUUUUAUUAUAAAAUCAAAAUUUUGUUCGCUUUUAAUAACUUAUUAGGUACACCAAAUAUAAUAUAGUUUUAAAUAAUAUAUGUAUUGUAAUAAUAGGGUAUUUAACUGGGUUUUCUUUUUUAUAAAUGAACUGUAAACUGGAACAUUUAUUAUGUUAUCUGCUUGCUGUUAGACGAGUUUGCUUAACAUUUGUUAUAGUAAAAAGUGUAUAUCUCACAUUAUAAAAUAGAAAGUGACAUAAUCAGUAACAAGCAUGUUAAUAUGUUCUAAAUACAUUGGAUAACCGAAGAUUUAUACACCACUACUUAACCCUUCUUUACAUAAUGGUGGAAAUUUCCAUCAUAACAUUGAAUACCCAAAAAUUAUAUAAAAGAGCAAGUUUAAGUUGAUCAUAUCUAGACACCUUUUUACAUUCCAUUGACAGAAAAAAAAAUAUAGCUGUCAAAUUUAUUUUUUUAAUAAUUUUUCCUUUAUUUUUAAACAUGAAUUAUAUCACUUCGAUUUAUUUCACUACUAAAAAAAAUCAUGCAAAGAAGGGUUAAAUUACCCAAUUAUUAUCCUUAUUUGUCUCUGUUAUGUGAUUUUUCAAUAGUAAUAUUUGGUACAUACAGCUUGUAUUGAUUCAUCUUAAAAAAUGAGCUCAUAUUAAUACCUCUUUAAAUCUAUUUUAAUUAUUAGGAUCAGCUCAGACAUCAAGUAGACUAGAAGACUAUAAUUAAAUAAUCGACUUUAGCUUCUUAAGUAUACGGCUGAAAUUGGAAUAACAAACAGCCGUAAACGAAGUCACACAGAGUCGUUACCAACAACCAAUCUUCAAUGCCGAACCAUUGGUCUGCACUGAUCUUUAUAAUCUGUAUUGUCACUUUCUUUCAAAUUAAUGUUACUUUAAGAAAUAGUUAAAACAGGUUUAUAUUGUCCUAAUAACGUUAAGAAUAAUUAUUGUCUUUAUGUUUUUAAUGUAAUUUUUAAAAUCACGCACAUAAAUAUUAGAUGCUUCGUUAGUGCCGGAACCAUUUCCCGAUAUUCUUUAUUUAAAUUUUGCACAAACUAUAAAAUAUUAUUUUUAUUCGCAAAAAAAAAUUAUUUUGCUCAAGGACGAACAUAAAAAAAUGAAUUUAUUCCUCAGCUAGCACACAUAAAUAGUUUGGUUUGAAAUUCACUGAAUAUAUUUAUAACAGUAAUCUGGCUAUAUGUUUGUUAGUUCGAUUCACAUGACUGGUUUUAUAGGUGAAACAGAUGUGAAGCGAGCCUGUUAGUUGAUGUUUGUAAGUGAGAACAGUAUUGCGUUAGGUUAUAAAUUGUGAGAAAAUUAAUACAACUUUUACAAAACGUG